AACAUUUUGGUGCUUUUAUUUUGAAAGUCAAGUUCUCUUACAAGUUGCGCUAGUUUCCUCUUUGGGUAGAAAGAAGAAAAACACCUGUAAGCGCGCAGAAAGCAUGGUUUUUAUUGACAGACAUGUUAAGUGGACUUUAACUACACACAGUUAAACGGUUAAAGGAAACCUCAGAAGAACGGCGGCUAAUUCCCUUUUUGCAGCAUGCAGCCAACGAGUUUUCACGGUGGCUUUGGAGAGAAGUCUUCAAAUAAACCAGUGACAGAAAACCACUUGCGUCUGCCUGUGCUUCGAGGGAAUUAUAGUGAAAACUCGGACUGUUCGUCGACGCAAGCGGCCACUAAUUGACGAUGCGGCAACUUCAAAGCAUCAGCGGGCUUGUUACUACAUGUCUACAGCGCAGCGGAGCUGACAAGAACUGGCAGAUAAGCUGAAAGUACUAUAUGCAUAUGGUGAUAACACAUGCACAAGUAUUAAAGAGCAGUGUUUUAAGGAAAAGUCUUUAAGUUAAGUGGCCUAAGAAGGGACUUUUGCAAACAUUGCUGAAUAAUACUGUGUGUUUGAUAACUACUGUGGUGUAUAGUACAUCUUCUUUUGUUGUGUCUUUCUGCAGAUGUCCAGCGUGUCUAUGAAGAGCUACGAAAGAUCUCUGCUCCAGACCAGGUCACGCGCCGUAGAGUGGAUCGGUGUGUAGAGAUUUCUACAUUUGUUGUAUCCAGAGCCUCAAGUAGGGUGCAUGGAAGGUCUCCAGAAAAGGAGGAGCAAGACUGGCCAGAAGCAGGCUCUCUCUUUAAUUCAAGCACCUGCAAUUCAGGUUCUGUGGCUUCCAUUUUGAAAGGCACCUCAGUACUUUCAAGCAGGUCUUCUGCAAGACGACAAGAUGCUGCUGCUGAUGUUGCUGCAAGUCAGGCUGUUCUUAAAGUGCUACAAGAACAAGAAAAGGAACAGUUAGAAAUCGAGCGUCUAGAAGCUGAAGCUAAGAAGAAGAUAGCUGAGCAGGAGGCAGCAGCAGUAAAACGUCGGUUAGAAAGAGAGCAAGAAGAGGUAAAACGAAGAAUGCAGAGAGAGGAAGAGGAAGCUAAAAUUAAGGCUCAACUAGAGGAAGAGCAUGUAGCUCUACAAAGGACUCUAGAGGAAAAACGGAGGAAAUUACAGCAUCUGGAGGCAAUGAAGGAUCUCAGUGCAGCAAGGGCGAGAAUGCUGGUGUACAAUCAAGAGAAUGACAAAGAGGAAGAGCAAAACGACGUACUGCAACCUGAGGUUGUAGUGGAUAAUAAAGUUUGUGCUCCCACAGGCUGUUUGCCCCAGUGUGUGCCUCCUGCACCACAAGUUGUGACCACUUCUUCAAAUGACAACACUGCAGAACUUGUCAAAGUGCUGGCAGGAGCUUUGAGUGCCAACCGAAUCUCAAUUCCUGAACCUACAGUAUUCAGUGGGGAUCCAUUGAAAUACAGUGACUGAAAAAUCUCCUUUGAAACGCUGAUUGACCAGAAGAGCAUUCAAGACAAGGAGAAAAUCUACUACCUUCGCCGGUAUGUAAGUGGACAAGCUAAGAAAGCAAUCGAUGGCUAUUUCCUUCUUGGAACCGAAUCAGCCUAUUCUGCAGCAGUUGAGAUUUUGGAGGAAAGAUAUGGAAACCCAUUCACGAUUGCAAAGGCAUAUAGAGACAAGCUUCAGACAUGGCCCAAGAUAGGCUCCAAGGACAGCUUUCAACUCAGAGAGUUUUCUGACUUUCUCCGUAGUUGUGAAGCCGCCAUGGUCCAUAUUAAGGCACUGGAAAUCUUGAAUGACUGUAAUGAAAACAGAAAAAUUUUGUCAAAGUUACCAGAUUGGCUAACAGCAAGAUGGAAUAGACAAGUUAUUGAAAUAGAAUAGAAUAAUCCUUUAAUUGUCCCACAAGGGGAAAUUCGGUUGUAACAGCAGCCAAAAAGACACAUAUACAAACAAACAGUACACAGGACACAGAACAGAAACAUACACAAUUUUUCUUGAAUAUUGAAUAUUUAAGAAGCGACUAAUCAAUUUCCCUCCUUCAGCCAAUUUGUGAAGUUCUUGACAAGAGAGGUGAAAAUUGCUUGCAACCCUCUCACAUCGCUGCAGGCACUGAAACAAGAUGAAGCUGAAAAAAACAAAUCCUCAAGACAUUUCAACCUUGCAGCAAAGACACUGAUCACAAGUUCCAGUGAAAAAAAUGCUGUUACAUGUCUUUUCUGCAAAAGGACUGGGCAUACAUUGCACCAAUGCAGGAAGUUUGUGGAGAAAGCAGUUAAUGAUAGAAUUAAAUUCAUUCAAAUGGAAAAGUUGUGCUUUGGUUGUCUGAAGUACGGUCAUCACUCAAAGAGUUGCAUCAGUAGGAGUGUUUGUGACAAGUGCCAGAAGCGUCAUCCUACCUGUUUGCAUGAAGAACGAACCAAAGAGAAGCAAAAACCACCACAGGCCAAGCAAAAUCGGAAUCAUGAAACUUCAAGUGAGGUUCAUGAAGAAGUACAACUAGCACAGGAUCACGAAAUGACCAGAACUGCUACUUCAAAUACAGUAAUGCUUCAUGGAGCUAAAACACAAACAGCUGCAAUAGUUCCAGUGUGGCUUUCCUGCACAACACAACCAGCACAAGAAGUCCUUGUGUAUGCUUUAUUGGAUUCGCAGAGUGACACAACAUUUGUGUUGAGUGAAGUAGCAGAAACUUUACAGAUAAAUAGAGAACAAGUCAAGCUUAAGCUUUCUACCAUGACGUCAACAACUACAGUUGUGAGUUCUCAAAGAGUAAGUAACCUACAAGUCCGUGGCUUUUACUCCAGCGAGAGAAUCUCCUUACCACCAGUGUACACGCGUGAUUUCAUCCCAGCUAACAGAACUCACAUCCCAACUAAUGAAACUGCAGAGGCGUGGCCCCAUCUAGAACACUUACAGUCAGAAAUUGCACCUCUGCAGGACUGUGAAGUGGGUCUUCUUAUCGGAUAUGACUGUUCACAAGCCCUGCUUCCGAGAGAAGUUGUGGCUGGCAAAGAGAACGAGCCUUAUGCACAACGUACAGACCUUGGAUGGAGUAUUGUUGGUAAUGGGAACCCUUGUGUUGAUUAUGGGGACGCAAUUGGAAUCAGUCAUCGCAUAGUAGUGAGACAAGUGAUACCAGAUGUUGAGUCUUCUGUCAACCUCAAAAGGGUAGUGCAUUAUGUGAGCCAAACCAAAGUAAAGGAAGUAACUCCCUCAGACAUCAUAAGGGUCUUGGAAUCAGACUUCUCAGAAAGAACUGGAGAUGAUAUUGUGUCUCAAGAUGAUCUCAAGUUCCUGACAAAGUUGAGAGAAAACAUCGUGCAAAAUGAUACAGGUCAUUUUGAAAUGCCGCUGCCAUUCAAAGAAGACAGGCCUAAAUUACCCAACAACAAGAUAUGUGCCAUACAUCGCUUGAAGUGCCUGGAAAGGAGACUAAAGAAAAACCAACAGUACUACAGAGACUACGUAAGCUUCAUGAAUGACAUCAUUUCAUGUGGUGAUGCAGAGAAGGUCCCUGAUGAAGAAAAUGAUGAGAAAUUGGCUUGGUAUAUUCCACAUCAUGGGGUUUAUCAUCCACAGAAACCAGGGAAAAUACGUGUGGUAUUUGACUGCUCUGCCAAAUUCCAAGAAACAUCUCUCAACGACCAUCUACUCACUGGUCCAGAUUUAACGAACACAUUGGUCGGUGUCCUUUGUCGCUUUCGAAAGGGUUCUGUUGCAAUCAUGUGCGACAUUGAGAGAAUGUUCCACCAGUUUCAUGUCAAAAGGGAAGAUCAAGAUUAUUUGAGAUUCCUAUGGUGGGAGAAUGGCAACUUGGAAACCUCACCAUCAGUUUACAGAAUGAAGGUUCAUUUGUUUGGAGCGGCCUCGUCGCCUGGCUGUGCCUUACCUUCAGAUUUUGGUAAUGUCAAAAGGUAUGAACUUCACCAUUUUUCAGAUGCCAGUUUCUCAGGAUAUGGUGUAUGUACUUACCUGCGAGCCAUCAGUGAAUCUGAUGAAGUACAUUGCUCUUUGGUAAUGGGAAAAUCCAGAGUUUCCCCAAUCAGCGUUACUACGAUACCAAGUCUGGAACUCACUGCAGCAGUUGUUGCAGCCCGAACCAGCCCGAACCAGUGACAUGCUUCGCGGUGAACUGGAAAUCCAGGAUCCAGAAUUCUUCUGGACAGAUUCCACUGUUGUUCUUGGCUACAUAAACAAUGACGCCAGAAGGUUUCAGGUAUAUGUAGCAAAUCACAUACAGAGGAUCAAGUCAAGUACAAACCCUGAACAAUGGGGUUAUGUCGCUUCAGAAGAUAAUCCAGCUGAUCAUGCCUCUCGAGGUUUGACUGCAGAGCGACUUAGGACCUCAAAUUGGUUUACCGGCCCAACAUUUCUUUGGCAAAAAGAACUUCCUGGCAGACAAUGCAAGGUGGGAGAAAUCAAGGAGGAUGAUCCUGAACUCCGCAAGGUGAUUGUGUGUAACACUAAGUCAAAGGAAGACAGAUCAUUGUUGGAUAACUUCAAGAAAUUCUCUGACUGGUCAAGGUUAUCGAGAGCAGUUGCCAGACUGAAACGAUACAUCAGAAUGCACAAAGGUAUUCAGCAAAGAACAAGUGAUAGCACAAGUCUAGAGGAAAGAAAAGAAGCAGAACUUGUUAUUAUCAAGUUGGUUCAGGAAGAAGCAUUCUCAGAUGAGAUAAAGAGCUUGAAACGAAAGACGGUAGUUGAAAACAGUCCACUGUGCAAGUUAAAUCCUUUCUUGGAUGAUGAAGGGAUCUUAAGAGUGGGAGGACGUUUAAGUCAAGCCACAUUGCACCCUCAUGUGAAGCACCCAGCAAUUCUGCCAUAGAAUAGCCACGUAGCAGCUUUACUAAUCAAGCAUUUUCACGAAAGAAUCCAUCAUCAAGGACGUGGAAUGACAAUGAAUGAACUGAGAGCGAAUGGUUGGUGGAUCCUGGGAUGCAGCGGUGCAGUUUCAUCACAUAUUUUUAAAUGUGUGACCUGCAGGAAGUACAGAAGAUCCACUAAAGAGCAAAAAAUGGGUGACUUGCCACAAGAUAGGACAGCAACAACACCGCCUUUUACUUAUGUUGGCAUGGACUGCUUUGGUCCAAUCUAUGUUAAGGAAGGAAGAAAGACUCUCAAAAGAUAUGGUCUUUUGUUUGCCUGUCUAUGUUCAAGAGCCAUACAUAUAGAAGUGGUUGAUGACAUGACAACUGAUGCGUUUCUCAAUGCUUUAAGGGCAUUCAUUGCCAUAAGAGGAAAUGUUCGACAGCUAAGAUCCGACCAAGGAACCAAUUUUGUUGGUGCUAGGAGAGAGUUCAUGGAGUUAAUGAAAGGAAUGGAUCAAGAAAAGACUAAGACUCUAGGAUGUGAAUUUCUCAUGAACCCCCCAACAGCAAGCCAUAUGGGAGGUGUCUGGGAGCGUCAAAUAAGGACUAUAAGAAGUGGUCUUACUGCUAUUCUCGAUCAGUCAUCACAAAGGCUUGACUGCACCUCCUUAAGAACCUUUCUGUAUGAGGUCAUGGCUAUCAUCAAUAGCAGACCACUCACGACUGAACAUUUGAAUGAUCCAUCAGGCCCUGAACCAUUGACUCCAAACCACAUCUUAACAAUGAAGUCCAAAAUCAUUCUGUCCCCGCCUGGAGAUUUUGUCAAAGAAGAUGUUUAUCUUAGGAAAAGAUGGCGUCGAGUGCAGUGUUUGGCUAAUAUGUUUUGGACCCGAUGGAAGAAAGAAUAUCUUCUAAAUUUACAAGAGCGACAAAAGUGGCGGAAGAACAGAAGGAACAUCAAGGUUGACGACAUUGUCCUUCUACAAGAUGAUCUGGCACCACGCAAUGAGUGGAAGAUGGCUAGAGUCACAGAAGUUUAUCCAGGAUCGGUUAAUCGAGUGAGGAGAAUAAAGCUGCUCGUCAGUGAUACACAUGACAAAGGAGGGAGCCGCACAGCUAAAACAGUUUUUCUUGAGAGACCUGUUUAAAAAGUGGUUACUCUCUUAGAAGCAGACUAAAUGGUUGUUUGCUGGAAGUUACCUGACAAAGGGUUGAUAACAAGAAUUCUUUGGUGAUAAGUAGGAAUGCUUGUUUGCAGAGACUAUUUCAUUUGGGAAAUCCCACGUAAAGAUUCGUGUGAUUUGGUGGGAGUGUAGCUGUUGGCAUGAUGACAUUGUAUAUAAUUUGGAUUAUUUCUUUAUCUUGUCAAGAUCCAUGUCAUGAUUGUAAAUUGUUUAAGCUGUACAUUACUUUAUGUUUGUUUUUUUUGUAGUCAACAUUUUGGUGCUUUUAUUUUGAAAGUCAAGUUCUCUUACAAGUUGCGCUAGUUUCCUCUUUGGGUAGAAAGAAGAAAAACACCUGUAAGCGCGCAGAAAGCAUGGUUUUUAUUGACAGACAUGUUAAGUGGACUUUAACUACACACAGUUAAACGGUUAAAGGAAACCUCAGAAGAACGGCGGCUAAUUCCCUUUUUGCAGCAUGCAGCCAACGAGGUAUUUAUUGAUUUAUCGUGUUUGUUGUACAGUGUUAUUUUUAGUGCUGUGUCUUACUCUGAGUUUUAUUUUGUUAAUGCUGUAUAGUUUUCACGGUGGCUUUGGAGAGAAGUCUUCAAAUAAACCAGUGACAGAAAACCACUUGCGUCUGCCUGUGCUUCGAGGGAAUUAUAACCAGAGUAAAGACAAAAGUCGAGGAGAGAUGAAAUGAAGGCACGAACGGCUCUCUCAAAGUCUCUGAAACAGAGGAACAGCGUCACUUUUGCAGCUGGUUCAUAAUUAAACAACUUGAUGUCCGGGCCAAGUCUGUUCAGAAGAGCGCGGGGAUGAGUCAUCGCUGAUGCAGCCAUGCAGUUUUUGAAUUUUACCAACACACCACCCAGGCACGUUUCCCUUAGUUGUCAGCUAUCUGUACUUCUCAGGGGCAGGACUUGACUUGGGUUCCCGCUCUGUGGCACCACACGUCUGGAGGUAAUGAGCUCGUCUCAUCUGCUGUCACUACUGAAGGUGGUGCUUUGUCUUCAGUCAA